AUGAAUUUGAACAACAGCACGGCCAUAAUGGUAGCUGCCAAUACAGGCAGCUCGCCGGCGAUUUUGUCGCACAAUUUUUACCUUGUUACAGCAACUGUGCUUAUACUUAUCGUCAUUGCCGCCAUCAUUGGAAACAUAUUGGUGUGCGUGGCUAUUCUGGUCAAUAACCAGCUGCGUUCAUCACCCACAAUGGUUUUCAUUUUUGCCUUGGCCGUGAGUGAUUUGUUGACUGCGUGUCUCUCAAUGCCUUUUGAUGUCGACCAGCGACUCACUAACUUCAAAUGGACCUAUAGCGAGGGGCUCUGUCAAGCAUGGACAACUGCGUACCUUACCACCGUGCCCUCGUCUAUUUGGAACCUUUUGGCGGUAAGCGUUGACCGGUACAAGAGCCUUAAGGACCCUUUGAGCCGCUACAGGCAAAGCCCCUUUAUGACGCGUAAGCGAGCGGCUCAAGUUGUUGUGCUCCUGUGGAUUUACUCAGCAGUCUUCGCUCUAAUACCUGUCAUGGGAUGGAAGUACCACUCUGUAAGCGUCAGAAAUAACUCGUGUUACUUCAACAUAACAAUAACCUACUCCAUACUGAGCUCAUUCGUAAACUUCAUCUUCCCACUCCUGGUCAUGUGCUUUUUGUAUUUCAAAAUAUUUAUGAUAGCUCGAAACAUAAACAGCGACACAUUUUCCCAACUCAACGGUCGCUCAUGGGGAAGAUUAUCCAACGAAGCUACUUCAACAGAAGAUGUUUGUAAAAUCACCAGGCGCACCAAGCGAUGUGACAAGAGAUUCAAACAGAACAUUAAAGCUGCUAAAAACAUCUUGAUCAUAGUUGCCGCAUUUUUCCUUUGUUGGAUGCCUCACACACUUCUCAGUUUGACCUUCAUUUUCCACGGGAAAGAGUUGGCACACAGAAUUCCCAUGGAACUGUUCACAGUAUUCUUGCUCCUGGGAUAUUUGAACUCCGCUCUAAACCCACCUCUGUAUACAUUCCACAACAAGCGGUUUAAAGAAACCUACAUAAAAUGCCUCGGGCUCAAGAGACAAAAGACUCCACCUUCAAAUCGAUUCUCGAACGUCACGGCCUUGAGCAACAUCGACUCGAACCAUUCGGGGUCUCCGACGCCAAAUACAGACAAUGAAAACAAUAUGGAAGAACUUAUUCACAUGGACGAAAACAGUGUAUAAAGUCAAAGUUCAGCUCGCGGACAUCAGAAUCCUGGCCUCGAAUGAUCAGCGCACCUAAACAGCCGCCCAAACAAGGGAUUGUAUUACAAAUCCUCGAGGUUCUUUCACUGGUUCUGCGCCAGAAAAUUACUUAAUCAGAUAAACGCAUUCGACACAAGAUUCCGUGUUUCAUGUAUUAUUGACAUAACUUGAUAGUUUUUUUUAAACCAGAUAUCAAAAUGAGCUGCUCAACGUUGACUCCUCAAGAGACGAGCUUUAGUGUUAGAGAACCAUACUAAAACUUUUCAAACGGAAAGUUUUUAAAACUCUCCAUUUAGUACUAUUUUUCAUCCACCUUGUGGGAGAAAGACAGUCUCAACUGGAAAUGUGUAACGACAUUCUCUUUUGGAAGAGCCAAGUAUAUAACAUGAGGGUGGAAUUAUUAUUUAAUCGACUUAGACACAGUUCCAAACGUCGCUGAUAUUCGACUUUGCAAUGAAAAGUAGAUAUGGCACAGUUACAAAAAUGUAUCAUGAACAACAGUCACUUUACGUGCAUAAUUUGCUGAUAGAGGAAUUAAAUUCUCCAAUAAUUGCCGAUAUUUCCUACGCCCUCUCAGUUUCCAGAUAUACAUUUGGAAGACAUCUUUCAAUUUUUUGUCAU